GGGCAGUGUUGGGCCUGGGCCUGGGCCAUUGCUCCCAGCUUGUGCGUCUGUGUGGGGGCGGGAACAGACCCGUCUCGGGGCCUCACAGGUUAACUCGGAGGCUGUUUGAGCGCCAGUUACAGGCCAGGCACUAGAAUUCAGAUAAAAAGUCCGUCCCAGCCGCCCCCAACCCCGGCCAAAACCUGCCUUCCUGGAAGAGGCAAAAAGACCCAGGUGAUUCCAGAUGGGGGUGCGUGAGGGUGGAGGUGGACGCUGCUCCGACACACAAGGCGGUUGGGGUCCCUUCGCUCAGGUGAUGCAGCUGGUAUUGGAGGGUGAGAGUUGCCAGUGGGCAGGGAAGCGAGCAGAGGAACCGCCGGGGGAGGCCUGCGGCGGACUGUCCCCGGUGUUUGAGCAACAGCAAGGAGUCCAGGCCCUGGAGCCGGGGAACAGGAGGGGCAGGUUGGGAGGGGACUUGGAGGCUGCGAAGCUGGGAGCACAAGGGGCAGGUGUGACAGCUUAGUUUCAACAGGCUCUCUGGAGAGUGGAUGCCCAGGCCGCGGCCUAGGAAGGAGUUGGACUCUCACCCUGGGAAAUGGCCAGGAUCGGGCGAGAGCGGAGACGGGCUAGCGAAGGGCUGGGGCGGGGCGGCCGCGGGCGGGGGCCGGGCCCUGGUCCGGGCGUCCGCAAGGCCGGGCUCAACGAAGAGCAAGGGCCGAGGCCGCGAGGCCUGCCCUGUGCGAGCAGUGCCAGCACCAGCGCGUGCCCUCACCCCCACCGCGACUUCGGCUGUUCUCCCACUUUACAGAGGCGCAGAAGGGUCGAGAGAGGCGCUGUGGGGUCAGGGCUGACGUCUGAGCCCAGAGGAGACCAAGCCCAGACGAGCCGGCGGACCUGAGGCCCCGACCCUCCGCCCGCCUGGCCGCCAUGAAGCUGAACGAGCGCAGCCUGGCCUUCUACGCCACCUGCGACGCCCCGGUGGACAACGCCGGCUUCCUGCACAAGAAGGGCGGCCGGCACGCGGCCUACCAGCGCCGCUGGUUCGUGCUGCGCGGCAACAUGCUCUUCUACUUCGAGGACCCGGCCAGCCGCGAGCCCGCGGGCGUCAUCAUCCUGGAGGGCUGCACCGUGGAGCUGGUGGAGGCCGCCGAGGAGUUCGCCUUCGCUGUGCGCUUCGCGGGGGCGCGGACCCGCACCUACGUGCUGGCCGCCGAGAGCCAGGCCGCCAUGGAGGGCUGGGUGAAGGCGCUGUCGCGGGCCAGCUUCGACUACCUGCGGCUGGUGGUGCGAGAGCUGGAGCAGCAGCUGGCCACCGUGCACGCGGGGGGCCGUUGGCCCGUGCCCCGCCGGCCCCCCGGCCCCCCGCCCAAGGAGAACGGCUGUGCCGUCUGGAGCACGCAGGCCCCCGCGGCCCCCUCGCCCGGCCCUCGGCCGGGCCCCGUGCCUCCACCCCUGCCCCCACGCCGGCGGGCCUCUGUGCCCAGUGGGCCGCUGGACAGGGCCUCCUUCUCUGAACUGCACGAGUGGUACGGGCAGGAGGUGCGGGCACUGAGGAGCCAGUGGCUCGGGGGCCAGGCCCAGCCUUGAGGUGACCGAGGUCACCUGCGGGUCUGGUAGGACUCCGGCCACCUUCUGGCAGCAGGCCGGGGGCCUGGUCCUUGCCCAGCCACCGAGGAGCGUGAGUGGCCCAUCUUCAAGGUCUAGAGAAGAUACUGGAUCCUGACAGGUGCUUGGGGACUUGUGUGACCUGGAGAAAAAGCCCUGCUCUGGGGGCACCGUCACACCGAUGCUCAGGCAGACCCAGGCCUUGGCUGAAGCCCGAGGCCGGUUCGGGAGCGGCAGCCCCCGGCCCGGCCCACAGUCACCGGCGAGAGUCCCCUGGUCAAAGCCCAUGCUGCUGGCACCGGGCUGCUGGUUGACUGGGACCUGACCAGCUCUGUGGCCUGGCCCAGCAGCGCCUGACGGGCCUGGAUGUGGAGAGAGCUUCUGUGCCAGCUGCGGCAGGGUAGGGCGUCCCUGCGCCUGCCCGCCCGCCCGCCCGCCUCGGGCAGGGGUCGCAGGGCUUCCUGCGCGUCCCUGAGGGCUCCUGGCCUGGCUGAGGCAGGACUUCCUCAGGCCGCGCAGGCCCAGAGGGCUGAUCCUAGCUCAGCAGCGGCAGAGACCUCUGGCCUCGGCCACGCCUGCCCCAGAGCGGCUCUGCUGCCGCUCCCUCACCAGUGCCAGCCCCUCCCAGGGCCGGCUCUUCCACCCCGGCCGGUGAGGCGGGGCCUCCCUGAGCCGCCUGAGCCUGACUCGGCGGCGCAGUCCUGGGGCAGUGGUGGCCUGGGCCCACUGGAGCAGAGCAGGUUCUGCUAGGGAGGGUGGAUGCUCGCCGCUCGCUGCCCAGGACGGGCACAGGCACCAGCCAGUGGGCGACAGGAAGGCGGCAGAGCGGGCGGGGCUUCCGGACGCCUCUCCUUGCAUCACAGCACCCACCCGCUCACAGACUGUCUCCCCUCCUGGUAUUCCACAGGGGAAAACUGCUUCAGGCCACUUCUGUUUUGCUCUUCUCACUCACAGCAGUGGCCCUUCUUCAUGCAGGGAGAAUCUUGGGGGGCUGGGACACCCCGGCCCCCAGCAGGGUCAUGUUUACAGUCCUCAGUGCCCCACCCUGGGGAAUCCUAAGGACACCGUCCCCUCCCCUCCCCUCCCUCCCAGGGCGGCUCUUGGUGACAGGCUCACUUGGCUCUGGGCCCCUCCUGCUGCUCUGGAGACCCUGGUGCUGGCGGGAGAUUGGGGCGCUGGCUCUGUGUCUCAGUCACCUGCUCACUGCUGGCCAGUGGACUGGGCUUUCGUGUCCAUUUAGUUUUUAAUAUUUAGGGUUUUGUACGCCCUGGCAGCAAAGCUUGCUGUGCCCCCCGCCUGUUUCUUCUCAGCUUCGGGGAGGUGUGGGUGCCCGGCUCUGGGCUUGGCCAGGGCGGGCGGGCUGCUGCCAGGCAGAGGCCUCUGCUGGCACCUCUGGGAGGACCUUGCCUGGCUCUUCGCCUUCUCCCAGCACCAGCGGGCGCCUCUCGGGCCUUGGCGCGUUUUAACGGCCUCUCCCCUGAGUCCCGGGGGGCGGGGGGCUGUCCCUAGACUCCGGCUGGGGGAGUGCCGGGCGCUGCCCGGAGCCCGGCCUGGCCAGACCCAGUGGGCCAGUGGGAUGUUGGCUCCAGUUCAGGUACAAGUUUACUGCUCUAAGGUACAGUGACUGGUGGCCCAGCCCCCAGGGCACAAGGCGGGGCCAGGCUUGGACCCGGGCGGCAGAUGUCCAGCACCCUGGGGUGGGGGUGGGGUAAAGCUUAAAAUAAAAGUCUGUUCAGUC